AUGGCUGAAAUAGAAGCAUCUGGCUUCUACGCUGAAGCCAAGAAGUUCCGCGCAAGCCUGGGUUAUGAUGGGAACCCUUAUGCCACCACCUGUGCUGCUUUGGAUUCUCUGCUUUCCGCGAUGGAGGGGGAGUUUGAGCUGACUAAACAGCCUGGUCCCAAGAGGGGCAGUUCCAGCGCUCCAGCGGCUGAGUUGAAGCGCCUGAAGCGUGCCGUGCGCCAGCAAAGGGAACAGCUUGACGAGCUUCUUUCACAGAAAAGGUCUGGACGGCUGGGGUAUGUCUGGUUUCUCAGAGCUGGGCUGUCAAAUCCAUAUGUGCCCCCAACCACAGUCAACGAGUUCUGCCGUGAUUUUCUGGUGGACGAGGAGCAUCCAAUCAGUUCCUUCAGCAUUUCCCGGGCUCGAAAUGCGUUUGCGGAACUUAUCAAGAUGUUCAAUCGCCGUGCCAUUCAGCACGUCGGGCAGCUGUUGGGACGAUCUGGGCAAGAGGCGAAGUCCCAAGCCGUUUUUAUCCGGAUUGUUCAGGAUGAGGCAGCCAUGCGGGUUCGGUCACAUCUCACGAAUGUCCAAGACCUAGGAGUUGCGCUCAGUCGGGGAAAAUAUUCGAAAGUCCAGAACCAGGAUGUGGCCCUCAUGACGGAGUCAGUGCAAAUGCCUGUGUUCACAGAACUUGCGGCAUUGCGUCGCAAGGACGGAGCAACACUGGCAGCGACUUUGCACCAGUCCUGCGCAACAAUCAUUGACCUGCUUUUGGCAGGUUUUCAGGCCAGCGGGUGCAAGCUCCGCGUUAUCAUCAUGGUCACUGGAGACACUAUCGGUACAAACGAAAAUGCCAGCAAGCGAUUGUGGGAGGCAAUGCAGAAAUACAAGCCAAACUCUGUGCAUGUGUCGCUGGUUUCUGCAAAGUGCGCGAGUCACGUCUCCAACUUGGCGGUGCAAGCUGCAAUUUGUGGUUCCAGUCGAAAGGAGAAGCGGCUGGAAAGCGAAAUUUGCGCGAACUGCAGCCGGUUUUACAAACACAUGGCUCGUGACUAUGUGGAGGAGUGGGGCUACAACUUGCAGGCCUACUUGCUCCAGCACGCAAACGAAAUGUUCCACGCAGAGUCUGCAGAUCGCAUGAGCCUUGCUUCAAGAGUGUCCGUAGUGAGGAUUGCACUUCAGCGACUAUAUGGCGACGCAGUGUUGCCUCCAGCUCUGUUGGACCUGUACAGUGCGGGGCACCUCGCUGGGCCACAGCUGGAAGAAUUCUGUAAGAAGGCACUGGCGACAUUGUACAGGUGCAUCCUUCAAGUGGAAGAACACCCGGUGCAAACAAGAUUCUUUCUCUUUGGCCCCUGCGUUUGGGGACUUCUGCGCAUGCAGCUCAUCGGACUGCCAACAACAGUGUUCUCCACGCUGACCAUCGUCCCUCAGCUGCAAAGCCAGCGCCGCCUGCGAGCAUUUUCGACAUGGUACAACAAAGCUGAGAGCGCUGCGCAUCUGCGGACGGCAGCUCUAUGCUUGAGGUUGACCAUGCACUCCACGAGCAUAACAGCGAAGGAGCGCAAGGCAGGGGAGGAGCCGCUGCUAAAGCAACUUUCCAAUUCUUACGUCCAGCAGCAAACAUCUCAGGAACUUGUAGCCACUUUCAGAGACUUGGGCUUGGAUCCAGCGCUGCCUCUGAUAGACACCAUUCGAGGACUGCUGACCACGGAAGCCACCAUCAUCAUCCGGUUUGAGGAAUUCAAGCGCUUUCCGUAUACACUGGAUCCCCUGUCCCGGCACAACCCAGAUGCAUACGCUGCGUUUGCCCGCAGUUUCCUGGAGCUUAGCGCGUCAGAGCUGGAUGUUGGCUUUGCGUGGCCCUUGCAGAGGGAUGCUUUGCGACGAGCGUCUGCAGUGGAGGCCCUCGAAUUUUUACUCUCUCAGGAUGUCCAGCAGCAGGUUGACGGAGUUGUGGCGCAUCUCGCCUGCACGUCCCUCUCAGUAGAGCGAAGUCACCAGCUGGUCAAGAAAGCGGAGGCCAGGAAGGUACUCAGUCUGGCAAGUGCUUCGCGCAACUGCGUCAUCCAGGCAUACAGACGGCAGAGGGGUGCAACGUUGAACCAGCGGAUUCGGGACGUGGCGAAGUACCAGAAACUGAGAUUCAUGAACAGCCGGGCUUUGGCUGUCCAAAAACACCCAGACAUGUUUGCGCGUGGACGAGGCCGCCUGUGGUGGGAAGCAGACAUCUCAAAGGCGCGCCAACAGGAUAUUGUGCACGAAGGCAACGAAGCCGAGCUGAAGCGGUACAUGGAUGAAAGCCGGGAGCAACUCCAGGCCGAAGCCAAAGAAAUUCGCCAGCAGGCUGCGCAAGCUCUUCAAACCUCUGCGACGAUGGCCAUUCCCGUCACGAACAGGCAGUGGCUUGAUUGGAUGGCAGAGAACGACGAUGAAUUCCAAGCAUGCUUGCGGUCAGCUUCGCAAUCACGCCGUGCUCUCAACGCGCGCAAGGAGGCGCGGCCUGAGGAUUUCCCUGCAGCAGACAGGAUCUACCCGGCAGCUCCCACUUGUCGCCUGGUCUGGGCUGCUCCUUUGUUGCGCAGCGACCCUGGUUUUUUCUGUGUUCAGUUUGGAGACUCCUUCCUGGAUAAGCUUGUGGUGUACGCCUGCAGUUUGAAGCGGCAGGUCUGGGCCUUCAGCCUUGCAGAGGUUGAAGGAGAGGGGCGCACUUACUCCUUCGACACUGGCACGCUGCUCUGCCAGAGUCUGAAACCCUUAGAAAUCCUGCUCAGCGACUUCGGAUUGGAGGCAAGUACCCUGGCAGUCAAAUUGUACAAGCUGGACAUGUGCAAGGCGAGAGUGGCCUCUGGCGCCGUCAAGCUCGUGGUGCAGGGGGCCACCCCUCUAGAGACAGCGUCGCCGUCGGUGCCUGAUCUGGACUCCGACUCAGAUGCCGGGCUGUCAGAGCCGUCGUCGUCAGACUGCGAGUCGGUGUUGUCAGACAUCGAAUCUGACAGUGCGGCGGGAGAUGAGCUUGUGGAUGACGGGCCCGAGGCAGAGUCCAAAACCCUGGAAGAGAGAACGGAACGGGGCAGUCUGGUCGUGAACUACAACAACUACUUCACAUUGUCCCAAUAUCCGAAUGUGGGGAUUCGGAUGCGGCUGCUACCUCGCUGGUUGCCCGUCCUCGGUUCACACGAGCAAUCGAAGCAUUAUCAGGUGAGUGAGUUUGGGCAAGAAGACGUCUGCUAUCUUGUGUGCCGUGCAUGGAUGCUUGGCCGGAUGAAGAACCAUUUGCAGGUCUCCUCGCGCAAGAAGUGGUUUGACAGGGAGCUGCGAAAACUACAAUGCGACAUUGCCAAGCGCGCAGUGUCUUCUGGAGGAACAGGGGUCCCCAAAGCGGACGAGGCCAUCAGAAAUCACUUGUCGGAGGCGCUGCAGCUCCCGCCCUGA